AUGCUGCCCUGUCUCCUAUCUGCCAGUAAAUAUGUCACAAUAAGUGUUGUUAAGCCGAUUUUGCAUCGACUAACUACGGUUGAACUCGCCUGUGAAGAAUACGAUCUUCCUUUAACAUGUGAUCUUAAAAAUGAAAUCCUACAACGUUUGAAGACAAGAUAUGAAAAAAGCGAUCUGUCGAAUAUGUUAGUUGUAGUGAUCUUCCUUGACGCGAGAUAUAAAGCUGAUUUCAUCACCACCGAACCCACGACUGGCACAACAGAUGAAGCUGAGGACGCCACGCAAGUGAUCCAGUCACAACUGCAUGUUGUUAAGGAGGAACUUCUCAAACAAGCUGUGUUUCUCUCUGUCCUUGGUCUAGAAUCUACACCCUCCCCAUCACCUUCAACUGAACCCACCAAAGAAGAAGUUGAAACUUAG